UUCCCUGCCUUCUCUUCGUUCUCUCAAAAUCCAAUUUCAAUCCCUCCCAUUUUUUAAUAUAAUUAUUUAUUUAAUCAUCGACUGAUUUUCUUAAAAUUAAAUAAAUAGUAAUAAUAAUAAUCUCAAAAUUCGCCCUGCGAUAAAGCUUUUUUCCCCCUUUUCCUUUUCGAUUUCCCAUGCCUCGAUAACUGCCAAAUAAUAUCGCCAUGUUUCCGUUUUUCCGUUAUUACCUCUUUUUUUCUCUGUUUUUCUUCGCCUCUGUUUUUCCCGCCACAACUUCGCCGGACUCCAUGGCGGCGAAUUUCGACGGCGGCGACGGCCACAACGACUUCGCGUGGAGAAACUUCGCCAGAUUCCUCGACGCUGGCAAGGGCAGCGAAGUGACCGGGAUGUCGGAGCUGAAGAAGUACUUGAACCGAUUCGGUUACCUUCCGAGUUCCGAUACCGAUUUCACCGAUUUCUUCGACGAUCAAUUCGUAUCGGCGUUGAUUCUGUACCAGAAGAGGCUGGGAUUACCGGUAACCGGAAACCUCGAUUCCGACACGAUCUCGAGCAUAAUCUCGCCGCGGUGCGGAAUGAGCGACGUAGUCAAAAUCAACCGAUCGACGGCGGAGCUUCACUCGACGCGGCGCUACGCGUUCUUCAACGGCCAGCCGCGAUGGAUCCGCUCGUCGACGCUGACCUACGCGCUGUCACCGGAUUACACAGUGGAUUACCUAAGUUCGUCUGAAAUCCGGAGAGUGGUGCGGCGAUCGUUCUCGCGGUGGUCGGCGGUGAUUCCGGUGAACUUCACGGAGUCGCGGGAGUACGAAUCGUCGGACAUCCGAAUCGGAUUCUACCGCGGGGAGCACGGGGACGGGGAGGCGUUCGACGGGGUGCUAGGAGUGCUGGCGCACGCGUUCUCGCCGGAGAACGGGAGGCUGCACCUGGACGCGGCGGAGCGGUGGGCGGUGGAUUUGGAGAAGGAGAAAUCGAAGGUGGCGGUGGAUUUGGAAUCGGUGGUGACUCACGAGAUAGGGCACGUUCUGGGACUGGCUCACUCGUCGGUGAAGGAAGCUGUGAUGUAUCCGAGUUUGAGCCCUAGGGCCAAAAAAGUGGACCUCAGAAUCGACGAUGUAGAGGGCGCCCAGGCGCUGUACGGUUCCAAUCCUAACUUCAAGUUGAAAUCCUUCUUGGAAUCUGAAAAUUCUAUCAACACUGCAACCCGACUGCGCAAUUUCUCUUCUCCUUUCUUCAUUUUCCUAUUCUCUCUCUUCCAUCUCAUCUCUAUGCCAAAUUUCUAGGACAUCUUUUUUCUCCUUAUUUUGUUACAACUGUAUGUAUUGGAAAGGGAAAAAAAGUUACACUGCAAAAACCAAAUGGAAAUUGAAAAACAUCAUUCUUUUUUACUUUUACCUUAUACUAAAUUUGGAGUAGUUCCUGUAAGUAAAACCGAUAAACUU